GUCAUCUACCAUCUUCCCAUCUUCAGACGGUCAGUACGUUUAAGUAUGAAUCAUGAAUAUCCGUACGAACGUCCUGCAAAAAAGAGACGCUUCUUCGUUGACGAUAACGACAUCGCUCCUCCAGAAACGAGAGAAACUGCCCGCGACACGCUUGUGCCUCAAACCGCGUUAAAAGAACCUGGCCCCUUUCUGACUACGCUGGAAUCCGCAGACGAUGAAAAGGGUGACCAUGUUGAAGAGAAGCGAAAUCAUCAGCCACAUGUGAGAGCUCUGGAAAAUUUGGCCACAAAGUUCCCACAUGCAGAGUCAUACAUUAUCAGCAAUGGAGGACCUCCCGGGAAGUCCAGUAACAAUAUAAUCCUAGGUACGGAACGUCUACCGCUCAUGGAAGAACAGAAUGGUUCAUGCCAGGAAUUAGACGGUCUGAAAGAAGCCACCCCGCAGAAAUCGAUGACAACGACGCCUGUUUAUCCUACUCCUGAGCGGGAAAGAGAUAAUGUGGAGAAACAAGUACAGCGAGUAUCAGUAAAAGAGGAUGAUUACAAUGGGUUUGACAUAGAUCUCUUCAACAAUAUAAUUGGGGAGCAACUGCCCCUGGACACGGUGGACAAAAUUCGCACUGCUGCCUCGAAUGAUGUGGAGAAGGCCGUCAACAUCUAUUUCGAUGGAUCGUGGAGGGCGCCGACUAGGAUGAAUACUGUUUCGAACAUCUCAAAAGCUUGUCGUCGCCAGCCUCAAACAGCCUCGGUUGAGCAGUUGACGACGUCGUCGACUCCGCACGAUGGCCAGGCCCCUGCCUCCCAGCCCUCAGCAAGGUAUGUCGGUGCCUUCGGCGUAGGAGCAUGGGCUACCAGAAGUGGUACCGGCUUAAUCACACACGGCGAGCAUGUCAAAAUUGAGCGUUCUCGGGCACAGCCAAUCCUGAAACGUAGUCGUGGGGCCAAUCACAAAGAGGAUAUUCUAACUCGUUUUACAAAUAAACGGCAUCAAGAGGUAGGAAGACUACCUCGUGAAACGGCUGAAUGGGUGUCUACGCUCAUUGACCAAAGAAUUUGCCGAUUCGAAGGUAUCUGUGUGUUCGCACCUGACAGGCUUCGGGUAAAUGAUACGGUUUAUUUGCAGCUACGGUGUUACCUGCUGAAAGAUGCCUUUCAGCCUCAUUUUCUGAAAGUCUCUCCUGACGACAACAGAGUAGCUGGUCUAUUUGAAGAAACAGAAAGCGAAGAAGAGAAAAACUUGCGUCUCCGCCAGGUUGCACUUGUGAAGCUCUUCGAUGAAAUCGGACUCAAACCCACGUCGACUAAUGAAAUGACCAGCAAGCAUAAAAAUGAGGGGAUUCUCCGCGCGGCUGAAAUGGCGGAGCAGUAUGACAGGGUGAAAAAGGAGAAAUAUAAAGCCGUUAAGAAUACCAAUGACUCUUCCGAGGAGGAUGAGUCCCAAGAACUAGAGGAAGAUCAACUCGACACAAUCUACAAGAAGGCUCAGUCCUUUGACUUUAACACUCCGGAGACAGAUCCAGCCCCAACGUUUACUUUGGAAUUGCGGAAGUAUCAAAAACAAGCACUCCAUUGGAUGCUUGCAAAAGAGCUGGACAAGAAACUGGACCGUGACAGGUCCAUCCACCCGCUUUGGGAAGAGUACAUUUGGCCUUUAAAAGAUGUUGAUGACAAUGCUCUCCCAGUUAUCCAGGGACUGGAACAUUUUUAUGUCAACCCUUACUCAGGGGAGCUCAGCUUGGACUUCCCUGUCCAGGAUCAGCAUUGUCUUGGUGGUAUUUUGGCGGAUGAGAUGGGACUUGGUAAGACUAUCGAAAUGAUGAGUCUUAUCCACUCUCAUAGAAUUCAGCCUGGUCAUCAGGGAGAACCGCCUUUUGUCAAUAGCAAUGUAUCCGGAGCCCCCAACCCUCGAUCUAAUGUGGUCCCUGCCCCUUAUACCACUCUUGUCGUUGCUCCUAUGUCCCUUCUCUCUCAAUGGGAGAGUGAGGCUAUGAGAGCUUCACAGCCCGGGACAAUGAAGGUUCUUGUGUAUUAUGGCGCUGACAAAGCUGUCAAUCUACGCAAUCUCUGCGCCGAUGCUUCUGCUCCCACAGUUAUUAUAACCAGUUACGGGGUCGCUCUAUCCGAAUUUCGCUCGGUUUCAGCGUCUGGAAAUCCUAGCGGCCUAUUCUCUGUGGAAUUCUUUCGAGUCAUACUUGACGAAGCCCAUUCGAUUAAGAACCGAACCUCAAAGUCAGCCAAGGCAUGUUAUGAACUCAGGGCUAGACAUCGAUGGGUCCUUACUGGAACACCUAUUGUCAACCGCCUAGAGGACUUGUUCAGUCUGGUGCGAUUCCUCAAAGUUGAGCCGUGGAACAACUUUUCGUACUGGAAGACAUUCAUCACAGUGCCUUUUGAAUCUAAGGACUAUGUCCGCGCACUGAAUGUCGUACAGACGGUUCUCGAACCUCUCGUGCUUCGACGUACGAAGACGAUGAAAACCCCCGACGGCGAACCUCUCGUGCCAUUGCCACCACGAUCCAUCAGUAUCCAAGAAGUGGAGCUCUCUACACAUGAACGGGAGAUCUACGACUUGAUUUACACACGAGCUAGACAGACGUUCAAUAGUAACGUCGAAGCUGGGACGCUACUGAAGUCUUUCACUACUAUUUUUGCUCAAAUUCUUCGCCUCCGCCAGACCUGUUGUCAUCCUAUUCUCGCACGUAAUAAAGCAAUAGUCGCCGAUGAAGAGGAUAUCGCUGCAGCGACGGAUGCCGCAGCCGAGUUCAAGGACGACAUGGACUUACAAGAGCUCAUUGAUCGCUUCACUGCUGCCACUGAGGAUGCAGAUGCAGAGCAGAAGCAGGAUUCUGCAACGAAAUUUUCAGCCUAUGCGCUAAAGCAGAUUCAGAAUGAGUCUAGCAGAGAAUGCCCUAUCUGCACUGAGGAGCCCAUGAUUGACCCUGCCGUAACGACUUGCUGGCAUAGUGCAUGUAAGAAAUGCUUGGAAGACUAUAUCCGCCACCAGAGCGAUAAAGGAGAGUCCCCUCGCUGCUUCUCCUGUCGAGCAUCAAUCAAUUCAAGAGAUAUCUUUGAGGUUGUCCACCAUAGUUUGUCCGACUCUUCACCUCAGGAUGAUCUAUAUAACAAUACUCCUUCAACGUCUUCCCAGCCGGCGCCCAAGAUCUCCCUUCGGCGAAUCAACCCCCUCUCUCCAUCCGCGCGCACCUCGGCAAAAAUUCAUGCACUAAUCGAUCACCUCCAACGCGUCCCUCCCAAUACGAAAUCAGUGGUCUUCUCUCAAUUCACGGCAUUUCUCGAUCUCAUUGGUCCCCAAUUAACGAAGGCGGGUAUCCCUCAUCUUCGUCUCGAUGGGACAAUGGCCCAAAAAGCCAGAGCCGAAGUCCUCGCCCAGUUCAGCAAGACAGCCGAUUCAUACGAACAGGAAGAGGACGUCAAUGGGGAAGAAGACCUUGUUAAUUCUUCCUCCUCCCAUCCGAAAAUUACGCCUGACAGAAACUCCAAUAGUAAUGGCAAUGGGACGGCGCGGAGAAGCCAAGUCCCAAAUGUCCUCCUCAUCAGUCUCCGCGCAGGCGGUGUCGGUCUCAACCUCACUGCGGCAAGUAAUGUGUACAUGAUGGAUCCAUGGUGGAGUUUCGCUGUAGAAGCUCAAGCUAUCGACCGCGUGCAUCGGAUGGGUCAGCUACGUGACGUGUCUGUGACACGUUUUGUCGUCAAGGAUUCCAUCGAGGGUCGGAUGCUACGGGUGCAGGAGCGGAAACUGAAUAUUGCUGGAUCCUUGGGACUCCGGGUCGGCGGAGAUGGAAAUGAUGAAGAGAAGAGGAAAGAAAGGAUUGAAGAGUUGAAGUUAUUGUUUGAAUAG